GCUUGUCGCGUGGUCUUGUGUGUCUUCACGCGUGUCCGCCCUCUGCCCCCAGGAUCAUGGCCACCGACUCGUGGGCUCUGGCGGUGGACGAGCAGGAAGCGGCUGUCAAAUCGAUGAACAGCUUGCAGAUUAAGGAAGAGACGAGCAAAGCAGAUACCAACGGAGUUAUCAAAACCGAUGCUCCUCCAGAGAAAACAAAUGAAGAAGAAAAAGAGGACAAAGCCGCCCAGUCCUUACUCAACAAGCUGAUCAGAAGCAACCUGGUUGAUAACACUAACCAGGUGGAAGUCUUGCAGCGGGACCCGAACUCGCCCCUCUACUCCGUGCGGUCUUUUGAAGAGCUCCGACUGAAACCACAGCUUCUCCAAGGAGUCUACGCCAUGGGCUUCAACCGACCCUCCAAGAUACAAGAGAGCGCCUUACCCAUGAUGCUUGCUGAGCCCCCACAGAAUCUGAUUGCCCAGUCUCAGUCCGGUACUGGCAAGACAGCUGCCUUUGUCUUGGCCAUGCUCAGCCGAGUGGAACCAACAGACACAUGCCCCCAGUGCUUGUGCCUCUCCCCAACUUAUGAGCUGGCUCUUCAAACCGGAAAAGUGAUUGAGCAGAUGGGCAAAUUUUAUCCCGAGCUAAAGCUUGCCUAUGCUGUUCGAGGCAAUAAAUUGGAAAGAGGUCAAAAGAUCAGUGAACAGAUUGUCAUCGGCACCCCUGGAACCGUGCUGGACUGGUGCGCCAAGCUCAAGUUCAUUGACCCCAAGAAGAUCAAGGUGUUCGUUCUGGAUGAGGCUGAUGUAAUGAUAGCCACUCAGGGCCACCAAGAUCAGAGCAUCCGCAUCCAGAGGAUGCUGCCCAGGAACUGCCAGAUGCUGCUUUUCUCGGCCACCUUUGAAGACUCCGUGUGGAAGUUUGCCCAGAAAGUGGUCCCCGACCCCAACAUCAUCAAACUGAAGCGUGAGGAGGAGACCUUGGACACCAUCAAGCAGUAUUACGUCCUGUGCAACAACAGAGACGAGAAGUUCCAAGCCCUGUGUAACCUCUACGGGGCCAUCACCAUCGCCCAGGCCAUGAUCUUCUGCCACACCCGCAAGACAGCCAGCUGGCUGGCAGCAGAGCUCUCGAAGGAAGGCCACCAGGUGGCUCUGCUAAGUGGCGAGAUGGUGGUGGAGCAGAGAGCUGCGGUGAUCGAGCGCUUCCGAGAGGGCAAGGAGAAGGUUCUGGUGACCACCAACGUGUGCGCCCGGGGCAUCGAUGUGGAGCAAGUGUCCGUCGUCAUCAACUUUGACCUUCCAGUAGACAAGGAUGGGAACCCGGACAACGAGACGUACCUGCACCGGAUUGGGCGCACUGGCCGCUUUGGCAAGAGGGGCCUGGCCGUGAACAUGGUGGACAGCAAGCACAGCAUGAACAUCCUCAACAGGAUCCAGGAGCAUUUCAAUAAGAAGAUAGAAAGAUUGGACACGGACGACUUAGACGAGAUUGAGAAAAUCACCAACUGAGAAGCUGCCCCUGGGCUCCUUCCAGAGAGAUGGGUGCUUUGCCCCAGGGACAAAGCUGCAGCAGACAACUACCCACCUCGUUUCUAAUUACAUUGGGACUUAAAAGGUAGAAGAAAACGUUUCAUUUCAGAGCCUCUCCACGCUCCCCUUACCAGCUUACCUUGGCUGUCGCAGGCAACCAGCUCCAACCCAACAGACAAUCCCCUUUGAGGUACCUGCUCUUAGUCCGCCUGGCUCCCUGUGAGGUGGGGAGGAGGAGGACAGCGCGCUUGUCCCUCCCUGCCCCUCCACUUGGCCUCUGCUCUGUGGCAGAGGACAGCCCUGGUCGUUCCUCUCCUCUCCGGGCUGUCUGGAAUUGUUCUGCAGGGGCCCCGUGGGUCCUGGGAGGACAGACCUGGGCUUGCUGCCUUGUCUCCUUGCGCUCCUGGGAAGGCCCGAGGUAUCUGGAGUCCUCCCAGGCUAGCUUGUGAGUAGCAGGUUCACUGAGGAACAUGUGACUAGGCAGAAACUCCAAUUAUGUUGUUCUAGCAACAUCGUGAAUUCCAUUGGUUGAGUUCAUAUAUCUGGAUAAGGACUCAAAUUAUAGCUUUAUAGCUAUCCCCAUCACUCAUCGUGUUGAGACUGAAGAAUUAUGCAAUGCUUACCAAUCAUGGCUUUCCCCUGUGUACAGACUCAUGUACGCUCAUUAAAGCUAUGACGUGCCGAGUGCUUUCUCCCCGCCCCCACCACCCGUGCGCAAUAGCAGUUUGAACCAAAAUCAAUCUUCUCGUGACAGUGUUGUCCUAAACACCUGUGUCCACCUCUAACUGUAGGUGGGGGUCCAGCAUCUGUGAUAGAGCUCUAGGAGGCUGCUGUUAAUCACCCACAGUGAACCACGUCAGGUCAUGUUCUCAGAAGUAGACUUGGGUCACACAGAAGGGAAAUAUUAGUGUACUGCCAAUCUGGCCAAACACUUGUUACCAAUCUGUAACUGUGCAGACAUGACAGUGACACAAAAUGGUGCUUACAACGAAAUCCUAGCAGCCAAUAGACACACAAUAAAACACCAAUGAUCACUAACCGGCCGAGAGAUGCAAGUCCGCAAAAAGACCACCUGCCCCAGCACUGCCAGCAGGAGAUGGCUGCUGCCGGGUGUGCAGAGAGGGUGAGCCCUCACACUGCUGGAGGGACUGGAAUAGUACCGCCGUGGGGAAGCAGUGGGGCGCUUCCUCAAAUACAGUUGAGAGAGGACCCAGCAAUCUUAGCCAUGUGCCAAACGAAGGAACAGGUACACACCCACUGGAAAACUGGCACAUGACUACACACGUUACGGAAGACUGAUGGGACAGGAGGACAUGCUGAGUGAAUUAGCCAAUCACAAAAGGGCUGACGGUGUACCAGACUAUUAGGUAGCUAGAUUUAGGAACAAGUGGACUUGUCUCCCCAGUGCCUGUAAAGUCCCACAUCAAGGGAGUGGAAAGAAAUCAGGCAGCCAGUGGACAGCCUUGGGAAGUCUAAAACAGCAUGCACACUAGACCUUGGGCUCAGCCACCAUAGGUACAUCACACCAGGGGGCCUGAACCCAGCCAACACCUACCACACCUCCCCAGGCAGAGGUCUUAAAUGCUCCAGCUGUGGGAAGGCCAGCUCUCUUGCUCUGGUCUUGUCAGAGGGCAAGGGCGCCCACACGCACUUGGUCCCCAGUUCUGCACAUGUCAGUGUUCUUUUUCCGUGUGGGAUUUUUGAGUCCAGUUGUGAACCCCAGGACAGCUUCCGGGCGACUUGGCAUGCUUUCUUUCCAGAGAUAGCGUAUACCUUUUUGAGACUGCAAAACCUGGAACCUUUCCUGUCCUUCAUAAAAUCUCACUUGGAUUACAAAA